UCAACAGUCGUAUAAUCCAUGUGGCUUUCUACUACAGCAGAAGAUUCUUCAAUAUUCAGUUAAAAGAAUCCUGCUUCAAUAUUUUUGCCUCGAGCGCCGUAGCAGAGGAACUUAAACCGCUUCACAUUCAUCUCUGAGUGACACAAACUCGAUUUGAAAAUGUUGAUCAGAACGAUUGGACAAGUGAAGAAUAAGUUGUGUAAGAAGUUUGCGAGGUUUCUGGGAGGAUCACUAUCUGUUUGUAGCAAAGCUGCAGUGGAAAUGGCUGCUAAAGACGGAGAGUUAAGGAUCUUCAUGGUCUCUGGAGAAGUUUCAGGAGAUGUCAUAGCUUCUCGUCUCAUGGCGUCUCUUAAGAAACUCUGUCCAUUCCCAAUCCGUUUCGCCGGUGUCGGAGGAACUCUGAUGACCAAGGAAGGAUUAAAAUCCAUGUUUCCCAUGGAGGAUAUUGCAAUAAUGGGCAUCUGGGAACUGGUGCCACACUUGAACAAAAUUAGGGUGAAGUUAAAGGAAGCAACAGAAGCGGCUUUUAUAUUUCAACCCCAUAUAGUAGUAACAGUUGACUCCAAAGGAUUCUCUUUCCGCUUCCUAAGGCAAUUAAGAGCUAGAUAUAGGCAUCAAGGAUUAGUUGGUCCUGUCCACUUCCAUUACGUGGCACCGUCGUUUUGGGCAUGGAAGGGUGGUGAAUCAAGGCUCAGAGGUCUAUGUGAGUUUGUGGAUCAUUUAUUGUGCAUUCUUCCAUUUGAGGAAGAAGUUUGCAGAUCAAAUGGACUCAAUGCAACCUUUGUGGGCCAUCCCAUACUGGAAGAUGCUUUAGACUUGAAUCUGGGAAAAGAUUGCUGUCUAAAUGAAUGGAAGGUGCAGGGUGAUGGUGAAGGAUUCCGAAAUGAACAUAGAAUAUCUUCGGGAACAACAGUCAUCACUUUGCUUCCUGGCAGCAGGUUACAAGAGGUUACUCGCAUGCUUCCAAUAUUUUCAGACACUAUUAAGUUAUUAAAGGGAUCUUUUCCUGAGUUGACAACAGUCAUUCCUGUAGCACCUAAUUGCCAUGUGGAGAACUAUAUCAGUAGAGCCAUUCAAACAUGGUCUGUGCCAACAAUAUUGAUUCCUGGAGAAUCACAACAGUUGAGAUAUGAUGCCUUCAGUGCAAGCAGGGUUGCUUUAACUACUUCUGGAACUGCUGCCAUAGAGUUGCAACUUGCAAGAUUACCAUGUGUUGUCACUUAUCGAGCUCAUCUCCUAACUGAAUGGUUUGUUCGCUACAAAGCAAGGAUACAGUACAUUUCCCUCCCCAACAUUCUCUUGGAUUCAGCUGUUAUUCCUGAAGUUCUCUUUCAGGCUUGCACGCCAAAGAAUCUUGUUGAAUUCCUCAUAAAAGUAAUUCAUGAUGAAGGGCUUCGGAAAGCACAAGCAAUCACAGCUGAAAAGGUGUUGAGACUCCUCUGUCCUUCCCAAAAUUAUAUAAGCAAAUUGUGCCCACCGGAAUUGAGACCAUGUUCUCUUGACUACAGCCCAAGUAUGAUUGCAGCAUCCACUAUACUAAGCCAUACACAACAGUGCUGAGAAGCAGAUCAUGCAUUACUGUUAUCACAAUCAUAAUCUACGCUUUGUGAUGGUAAUUUUGGUUUUAUAUAUCGACACUAGAGUGGAUCACAUUUUCAGGUGAAUUGAAAUGCCAGCUAAUCUGUAAAAGUUGGUUUUCUUUUCUCCGUUCUUUCAAGUUCUAUCCAAAUAUUUGAGUUCUUGAUUUGAGACAAUAAAGUGCAAAACGUUUUUUUAGUAAUCCAAGGAAACUUGAGACUUGAGAAACGCUCGAGUCUGUGAUUCACCAA